ACUGGCUAUUUAUUGUUGUUUUAAACGGUGAUCACGUCGGACCGGUCCGGCAGGUUUGUGUGGGGCUGAACAGGUGAGGCAGCGGGGGAAGAAGGGCGGGGAGCCGCCGCAGGAGACUCUACAAGCAGGAAGAAGGAGAAAACAUGGUGCGGUGACAGAGAGCGUCCCGGACACCCACCGAGAGCGAGAUUCACCUUGUUAUCCUGAAUUAUUCUGAGGAGAAGACACUUGGGGGGGACAGCUGAGGUGCAAAGAUGAGUCGGCGGCGUGUAGACUCCCAGGGUUCCCUGGAACCUGACGAUGAGGUCAUGCCGUACAGCGAUGAUGAGACGGAUGACGAACUGGAAGCGAGCUCUGAGGGCGAAACAGAUGAGCCUCCAGGAACCUUGUCGGCCCAAGUAGAGGCAAAACCCAGUGAGAUGGGCUGGAAGGUGAAAGCCAACGACCGUCCCUAUCAUCAUCUCCCAGAAUUUCAAAAAAAGGUCUUCUUGUGCAUCAAGAAAAGCAGAUACUCUGGAAACGGCAUUAAGACAUACAAGUACAAUGCCCUUACCUUCAUCCCACUGAACUUGUACGAGCAGUUAAAGAGAGCUGCCAAUCUCUAUUUCCUGGCUCUGCUCAUCUUACAGAUUAUUCCAGACAUUUCCACUCUGCCCUGGUACACCACGCUGAUUCCUCUGGUUGUAGUGCUGGGAGUCACUGCCAUCAAAGACUUGGUGGAUGAUCUGGCACGUCACAGGAUGGACAAAGAGAUCAACAACAGGAAGUGUGAUGUACUGCUCAACGGAAGGUUUGAAGAGUCAAAAUGGAUGGACAUUCAGGUUGGAGAUGUGGUUCGUCUCAAGAAAAACGAUUUUGUUCCGGCUGACAUCCUCCUAUUAUCCAGCUCCAACCCAAACAGCCUAUGUUAUGUAGAAACUGCUGAACUUGAUGGAGAGACCAACCUGAAGUUUAAAUUGGGGCUUCGGGUGACUGAUGAAAGACUGCAGGAGGAACGCCAGCUGGCUGAGUUUGACGCCCUGAUUGAGUGUGAGGAGCCAAACAACCGCCUGGAUAAGUUCACGGGGGUGAUGCGGUGGAACAGGGAGCGCUACCCCUUGGAAGUGGACAACAUGCUCCUCCGAGGCUGCAAGAUCAGAAAUACUGAAGUUUGCCAUGGGCUUGUCAUUUUUGCAGGAGCUGACACCAAAAUCAUGAGGAAUGGUGGCAAAACGAGGUUCAAGAGGACUAAAAUCGAUGAGCUGAUGAACUACAUGGUUUAUGCAAUCUUCGUGGUGCUGCUCCUGCUGGCGGCAGGUCUGGCUAUUGGUCACACCUACUGGUACGAGGAUAUCGGCUCUAAGGCCUGGUAUCUGUUUGACGGCAAAGACCAGGCUGCCUCCUACAGAGGAUUCCUCAGCUUCUGGGGGUACAUCAUCGUCCUCAACACCAUGGUGCCCAUUUCGCUAUAUGUCAGUGUGGAGGUGAUUCGUCUGGGCCAGAGUAAGUUCAUCAACUGGGAUCUGCAGAUGUAUUUUGCAGAGAAAGACACACCAGCUAAGGCUCGUACCACCACCCUGAAUGAGCAACUCGGCCAGAUCGAAUACAUCUUUUCCGACAAGACGGGAACUUUGACACAGAACAUCAUGCAGUUCAAGAAGUGCACCAUUGGUGGACGCAGCUACGGUAACCCAACCACCGAGCAGGGAGUGUCUCUGGACCGAGGACGGCCGGUGGACUGGAGCUGGAACCGCCGCGCUGACAAAAAGUUCCAGUUCAUGGAUCAUUACCUGGUUGCCCAUGUCCGUUCCCAGAAGGAUAAAGAGGCCACUGAGUUCUUCAAACUGUUGUCCCUCUGCCACACUAUCAUGGUGGAGCACAAAGAUGAUGAUCUUGUGUACCAGGCAGCAUCUCCAGACGAGGGCGCCCUGGUGACGGCAGCCAGGAACUUCGGCUACGUGUUUCUGUCUCGUACCCAGGACAGUAUCACCAUCUGGGAAAUGGAGCAGGAGAUGACCUAUGAAAUGUUGGCCCUGCUCGACUUCAACUCUGACCGCAAACGGAUGUCCAUCAUUUUGAGGUUUCCUGAUGGCCGCAUCCGUCUGUACUGUAAAGGAGCAGACACUGUCAUCUAUGAGCGACUCUCCCCUAACUCGAAACACAAGGAAACUACCCAGACUGCUCUUGAUAGUUUUGCCAGCGAGACCCUCCGAACGCUGUGUUUGUGUUACAAAGACAUCAGUCCAAAUGAAUUUGAAGCCUGGUCCAGGAAACACAAAGAGGCCCAGGUGACCAUGGUGGACAGAGAGGCUGCCCUCGACAGAGUGUACGAAGAAAUUGAGAACAACCUGAUGCUGAUUGGUGCAACAGCCAUUGAGGAUAAGCUGCAGGAUGGAGUCCCAGAGACAAUCGAGAAACUGGCAAAAGCUGAAAUCAAGAUCUGGGUCCUGACUGGAGAUAAGAAAGAGACGGCAGAGAACAUCGGAUAUUCCUGUUCACUUCUGACAGACGACAUGCAUAUCCACUAUGGAGAAGAUGUCAAUGAGAAGCUGAGGAUUCGUCAGUCCAACAGGAGAUUUGAACCUCAAACUUUCCGAAAGAAAAAGAAAGCUGCAGAGCCUUUCUUCCCUGAGCCAGGAAAAAACGCUCUCAUCAUCACUGGAGGAUGGCUGAAUGAAAUUCUCUAUGAAAAGAAGAAGAAACGACGUCGUCUGCAUCUUCGUCGUCUGGGAAAGCGACCACCUCCCAGCAACCCUCAGGACGGACAACCAAUGAAUGACUGGGAAAAAGAAAUGAGACAGAUUGACUUUGUGGACAUGGCCUGUGAGUGUGAAGCAGUCAUCUGCUGCCGCGUAACACCAAAGCAAAAGGCCAACGUUGUGAGUUUGGUGAAAAAGUACAAGAAGGCUAUCACACUAUCCAUCGGAGACGGAGCCAACGACGUUAAUAUGAUCAAGACUGCAGACAUCGGUGUAGGUAUCAGUGGUCAGGAGGGGAUGCAGGCUGUUAUGUCCAGCGACUACGCCUUUGCUCAGUUCCGUUACCUGCAGCGCCUCCUGCUGGUGCAUGGACGCUGGUCUUACAUCCGUAUGUGCAAGUUCCUGCGUUUCUUCUUCUUCAAGAACUUUGCCUUCACUCUGGUCCACUUCUGGUACUCCUUUUUCAGCGGAUACUCCUCACAGGUCGCCUAUGAGGACUGGUUCAUCACUCUCUAUAAUCUCUGUUACAGCAGCUUACCUGUUCUUCUUGUUGGACUUCUUGACCAGGACGUUAAUGACAGACUCAGCCUGAAAUUCCCUAAGCUCUACUUGCCCGGCCAACAGGGGACGAUGUUCAACUACAAAAGUUUCUUCAUCAGCUUGUUCCACGGCAUCUUCGUCUCGCUUAUCACCUUUUUCAUCCCAUACGGAGCGUUCCUGCAGACCAUGGGACAGGAUGGAGAAGCCCCUUCUGACUACCAGUCCUUUGCUGUCGUAACUGCCUCGUCCUUGAUCUUUACAGUCAACCUGCAGAUCUCUCUGGAUACUUCGUACUGGACCUUCGUCAAUUGCUUCUCAGUUUUGGGCAGUAUAGCUAUAUACUUUGGCAUAAUGUUUGACAUCCACAGCGCUGGGAUACACGUCAUCUUCCCCUCAGUGUUCACCUUCACUGGGGCAGCAUCGAACGCUCUACGGCAGCCCUACCUGUGGUUGACCAUCAUCCUGACGGUGGGCAUCAGCCUGCUUCCUGUCAUCUGCAUCCAGUUCCUCCAUAAAACCAUCUGGCCUGCUGAAGGAGACAAGAUCCAGAGAAACAGAAAGAAGUACGAGAUGCAGCUGGAGGAUGAGGGGAAGAAAAAGCCAGCCUUCGAGCGAGGCAGGCGUUCCCGCCGGUCUGCCUACGCCUUCUCUCACUCCCGUGGUUACGCUGACCUCAUCUCGUCCGGGAGGAGCAUACGACGGCGCCCGGCGGCUCGUGGUGGACCCCAGGACAGCAUCAGGGAGGUUCCCCACAGAGAGGCCGAAAACAUCUGAGUGGGUGUGGGAUGUGAGAUGGAGCAAAGCCACAGGGAAAUAUCUGGGAGUGCCAGGAGGAGUGCCAUUUUUCUAUGUGGAGUCUGGAGUGGUCAACAUCGUCGGUCCCGUUGCAGUUUCAGAAGACUUUUUCUCUGGCAUUCCAGUCCUAAAUGGGUUUUUGCUCCAGUCUGUGACCUAAGCCCCACUCCAUCAAGUUCCACCUCUAUGCACAGACUUCUGUUAAAAUCCAAAACAUGUAAAAGCUCACCGAAGAGACGACCGCCACUACAGGGGUACGAGGUCACACAGCAUCUGUGUGACUAAUAAUGUUAUUUAACUCAGGAUUUUUAAAAUGAAAGCCUUAUUUUUAGUCAGUUUAUCUGUGCUCAGCACUACCACGGCUGACGUGACACCGUAACGUUGUUUAGUAUGAUAUCUUGGGACGUUUUAGCCUGACCUCUGCGGAGCGUUUGCUAGAUUACUUUUAAUAAAAUUCCCAAUAAAUAUUCAGUAAUUCUUACCGUACUACGCUACAAUCAGACUGUAAUAUCUGUUGUUUUGUUUUAAUGUUUUAUCCUCAAUAAUGGUAGAAUGUUACUAUGCCAGGCUAUGCAAGAGAGCCAGACGUUAUAAAGUGUGUCUUAAUUUAAAAGUUGUGAAUAGUGAUCUUUCCUCCUCUGCCGUAUCAGACCUUCCUAGUGUCACCAAUCUGAUUGACUUUUUCUCUAAGAUCGUUAUAAUACCUCUUUCAAAGCUGAUCUCUAAUGUUUUCUAUACCUCACAUUUUGUUCAUUUUAUUUUUCUAAGGUGCUUUAAAGAAUCUCUUCAGGGAACCCGCAGCAGCAUCAGUUUCUUUUCAGUCUUUUCCAUUGUUCACAAUCUAAACUGAAGGGCUCUUUACUUGUAACAGAAAAAGAAACCGCUUGGAUCUUGUUUAUCUUCUGUUCUGUAAAACUUAAAUGUUAUUUUUUUUUUCCUUUCUAUUUUUAUUGUUUUCAAACUGGAUGUCCCUUAAGUGUAAAACUUUCUGUGAAUUUUCUGUGUGUCAUUUGUUGUUUACAAUAUUUUCUCAGUCCCAUAAUCACAUUUAGCCAAAACUGACACUCUUCUGUUACUGUAUCCUCUUCAUGCUAGUGUUACUGUCUGCAGAUAAUAUCGUUUUAUUACAGAAUGAAUGAAGGCGGUUGAUCACUGCUGUUGAGUAGGGUGUUUCUGUCCUGUGUAUGACGGUAUUUUAACAUGUGGUUGUUAAUAAAAGCCAAGGGCACGUUUAGCAAUCUGAAAA